AUGGAUACAAACGAUCUGAAUCGAGAAGAUAUUCAACUAUCUCUUUCAAAUCAACAUGAACAACAAGAACAACAAGAAGAACAACAACAACAACAAAAGAAAAAAUGUCAUGGUAAUCGAAAAGAUCGACGUUUUAGAAAAAAAUGUAGGGCAAGACGAAUAAAACCAGCAAUCAUCGAAAAAUUACUUAAGAAGCGAAAGCAAGUGGAUAAGAAAAAGAACGACAAUAUAACGAAUAUAACAAAUGAUGGUAAUAGUACGAAACCAAUAAUGUCGAACACAGUAGCAAUUGAAAAAAGCGAUUGUUCAAAUUUGAUACCAAUGGCAAAUUUAAACAAGCGCAAACGAGAUAUAUCCAUACAAGAAUUAAAACCAAAUUCUGUCCUACCAAAAUCAACAGGUUCAAUAUCUAUUGUACAACGUUCAUCGAAAAAGAUGAUGAAACAGAAAAAUAAUUCAAUCAUUAAGUCAUCUAUGCAAGUGAUCAACGAUAAUAUGAAGAUUAAUUAUCGACGACCUAUGUAUUUGGAACGAUCAUCAUCUACACUUUUUCAAAUGUUAAAGAAACGAUUAAAUGAUUCACUGAAGAAAAAAGAUGAAAAAAUAUUCAUUUAUACACGACUACAACUAUUAGAUCCACAUUAUUGUUUAGAGAUAGAUCUACAAUUAUGGCGAUCCUAUUUAGAUAUUGGUUUACAACAACGUCGAUGGCCAGAGCAACUCUAUCUAACGGCAAACACGCAUGAUUUUGAAAUAUGUCAUCAAUAUCUAAUCAAUUAUAUCCAAGAUAUAGAAAACCAAAUGAAUCAAUAUCAAAUAAAAUUAACGGAACAAUCUCAAUCAUGUCCAAUAACAACAUUAACAAUGGAUCAAAUUGAUUCUUGUUUAAAAGAAUUUAUCAAUUGUCAACGACAAUAUUUAGACAAGAGAAAUAAUAAUCAAUUGGCUAAAUUCAAAGAUAAUAUCAAAGAAAAAGAAUUAUUUGAAAUUCUAACUACUUACUCUUCAACUCUGGAUUUAAAUAAAUUCAUCGAUCAAUUACUUACAAAACGACAAAAACAAAUAGAAAUUUGGAAAGAACAACUUAUGUUAGAAACACGUGUCAUAUGUAAAUUCUUACCACAAAAUUUCGAUCAACUACAAAAUUUUGUGUCACCAAUUACCUAUGUACCAUUGAAUAAUGAACAAAAAAUAGUUGAAUUGAAAUAUAAACAUUAUAAAAUAAUACAAGAAGGAAAACGGAUGUGGUUAGAUAUGUUUUUCUCUAUUUAUGAAAUUAACCUACAGCAAUAUGAUGAACAAUAUCAAGAAAUACUAAUAGAAUUAGAAUCAUUACUGUUGACAAAUACAACUAUAGUUGAUGGUACAACACUUUUCGAUCAAAUUAAUCAAUAUAUGACAUAUCGCACCGAUCAAUUAAAAAAAGAAAUUCGUGAUGAAAUGUCUAGUUUUCGUGGAAAACUACUUCAUCAUCGACAAUGUUCAUCCAUCACAAAAAAUAUGAUAGGCGUAUCACCUGAACCAUUUCUUGACUUAAUUUCAAAUCCAUUUACUAAACGUGAAUGGAACUAUCUUUCACUUGGUCCAUCUUAUAUUAGAUUAAAUCAAAGUGCAAUUCGUCCAGUCAAACAACAAAAUAUUCAAAUAAAAAAUCAACAUAAAGAUAUUUAUAAUAAAGUUGAAAAUCAUCUUACAAAAAAUCAACAUAUGCCAAAAACAGCAUCGAUUUUGACACAAUAUUCCAAUCAUCUUGUUAAUCAUUUGAAUCAAUCUUAUUUUGCACCAAUAUGUUAUAAAGAUCAACUUCAAGCGCAAGAACAAGCACGUAUUGCAAAAUCCAUUCGUAAUAAAAUCAAAAAGAAACAACUUAUUCUUCGUAUUACUGAUAAGAGUAAAAUUUUUUAUAUUGGUUCAAAGAUCGAAUAUGAAAAGAAAGCCGUCAAAUAUUUCUCUGACACAAAUGCUUUUGCUGAAUUAACAAAUAAUCCAUUCAAUGAAAUUUUGAACAAAGUUAUUGGUUUAUUAAAAACACUCAGUUCAAAAAAAUUCAUAUAUCAAUGGCAUGAAAAACAAAUGUUGCCUGAUCUAAAGAAAUGUGAACUAUCUCAUUUAUAUUUUAAUCCUAAAACACAUAAGGAUGGUAUACCUGUUCGACCUAUUGAGAAUACUAUUCAUUCUCCAACAACAAAUAUUUCAAAAUUUUUAGAUCAACAUAUACGACCUAUAUUCAAUGAUAAAUGUAGUACAACAACUAUUAUCGAUGGUGCUCAUCUAAUCAAACAACUUGAAAUAUAUACUAGGAAACAUCUUUUUAAAUCAUCAACUCUAUUUUGUACAUUUGAUAUUCAUAAUUUAUUUACAAUGUUACCACAAGAUGAAGCACUUGAUACUCUAAUUGAAUUCCUUUCUACACAUGGCUAUGAAAAAGUGAAAGGAAUUUCUCUCAAUAUAAUCGAAAAAUUAUCAUCAAUUGUAUUAAAAGAAAAUGUUUUUGUCUAUGGUAAAAAAAUUUAUAAACAAAUUAUUGGUGGUGCUAUGGGUUCGGCAUUGACAUUAACACUAGCAAAUAUUUUUAUGUGGAAAUGGCAACAAAAAUUCGUUGAUGAACAAAACCAAUCUGGUGAAUUUUUUGGCCGAUAUAUCGAUGAUGUUUUUAUAACAUGGAAUAGAUCUGAAGAAGAAUUACGAAAAUUUUUAGAUGAUGCUAAUACCUGGCAUCCAAAUAUUAAAUUAGAUUAUCAAAUUGGAAAAAGUCUUCCAUUUCUCAAUGUUCUCGUUACAAAUAAUAAUGGUAUUUUAACAACAUCAGUUUAUCAUAAGCCAGCAGCUGAACCAUAUGUAGUACCCUAUACUUCUGAUCAUCCUCGGCAUGUAUUUGGAAAUAUUGUACAAACUGCGCUUAGUCAAGCUAUGAGAUAUUCAUCUACAUUUGAUGCAUUCCACAAAGAACGACGUUAUAUUAAACUUAAGUUAUUAUAUAACGGUUAUCCCAGUUCAAUUAUUCACAAGGAAUUUCAAAAGUUUUUUCUUAAAUAUAUACCAACAUCAAUAUUACCAUCAUACUUACCAUUCGUCCAACAUGAAAAAGAAUUUGUUCUUAUGCGUAAUCAAAUAAUGGGUCAACCAACAUCGCGACAAUCACAAGUAGCGAUGAAUAUAACCAACGCCAAUGAUAAUAAUAAUGAUCAUACUAAUCAAUCCGACACUAUCCCAACGGAUUCAAUAUCCAUAAUCCAAAACAAGAAAAAGAAACCUUACGAUGAGAACAAAUUAAUUGUUCACUAUACACAUGAAAAGCGAUUUUCAUCAACCAAACGCGAUAUACAUCGGAACUAUACUGAUGUCUUCAAUAAUACACCAGCUAUGGAUGUCAAACUCAUUGUAGGUAAUCGAAAUCGUCGAGCAGCAACAAAUGACUUAAUACGUAAAAAACCACGAAAAUCAUUACUGACUAACAAGCCUUUUCAAAGUAUGUAUAUGUCAAAAAAAAAACAUCCAACAGAAAUAUAA